CUCAGCCUUUCUAUCUCUUCCAUAUUAACCUUCAGAUUUCUUUCUAUUGUUUUCUCAUAAAAUCAAGGGCUGACUGAAGAUACUUUUGUUCUUAAUUAAUUUGCUUUGUUGGGAGAAAUAUACAGACAUAUACCCAAUGGAGUCGAACUUAUCACCCAAGUUUGCACAGAAGGCCUUUGAAGGAGAAGGUGGAUCAUAUUACAGUUGGUCGAGUACUGAAUUUGAGUUGCUGAAGGAGGCAAAGGUUGGUGGUGGAAGGCUUGUGCUGCAGCCUCGUGGCUUUGGCCUGCCUCACUAUGCUGAUUGCAACAAAAUCGGUUAUGUUCUUCAAGGAACCUGUGGAAUAGUUGGGAUGGUAUUCCCCAAAGCAUCAGAAGAAGUGGUGCUGAAACUCAAAAAAGGAGAUACCAUUCCGGUGCCCUCUGGAGUAGUCUCAUGGUGGUACAAUCAAGGAGACUCAGAACUCGAUAUUGUAUUCCUGGGUGAAACUUCUAAUGCCUAUGUUCCUGGAGAGUUCACAUACUUCCUAUUAACUGGAACUCAAGGAAUCCUCGGAGGAUUUUCCACUAUAUUUAACUCUAGAGCCUAUAAUAUCAACAAGGAAGAAGCAAAAAAGCUUGCAAAAAGCCAGACUAGUGUUUUGAUAAUUAAGCUAGACGAAGGCCAAAAAAUGCCCCAACCAUGUGAGAACAAUAGCAUUGAUAAAAUUGUGUACGAUGUUGAUGCUGCGUUACCUGAUAUCGAUGUCAAAAAUGCUGGAUCACUUACCGCACUGACUGAGAUGAAGUUUCCCUUCCUUGGACAAGUUGGGCUCAGUGCCACCCGCUUAAAACUGCAUGCCAAUGCCAUGUCCUCACCAAUGUAUGCUGCGGAUUCAUCAGUUCAAGCAAUUUAUGUUACAAAAGGGAGUGGAAGAAUUCAAGUUGUUGGUAUCAAUGGUGAGCGUGCCUUGGACGCGAAAAUGAAGGCUGGUCACAUGUGCGUUGUGCCAAGGUUCUUUGUGGCUUCUGCCAUUGCAGAUGGUGAAGGAAUGGAGUGUUUCUCCAUUACAACAUCUACACAGCCUGUAUUUGGUGAACUUACUGGGAAGACUUCAGUAUGGGGAGUAUUAUCCCCACAAGUUCUACAAGCCGCUCUCAAUGUGGCUCCAGAGUUUAAGCAACUUUUCAUGUCAAAGACCAAAAACAGCACCAUUCUUAUUCCUCCAAAGAACUAGACUAUAUAGCAAUGGCUCUCUUGGAGCUAUCAUCAUUUGCUUCAGGAAUUUAGAGGGCUAAAAUAAUAAUGAUAAUUGUACUCCCAAGAAUCUCCAGUUAAAUCUCAUAUUUAUGCAGUGGAUGCAUAGAAGACGUUGUACAAGUACUAUUGACAAAUCAUCUGAGAAUAAGUUCUUCCAUUAUUUAAUCAAAAGCUGCAUGUUGUUGCAUUGAUUACAAAAUUUUUCAUGAUAUGGCACAUGGAUGACACAUGAAAUAAUUGUAAUGAUCGUACAUAGGAUGAA